UAUGUCCCUCGGCGGCCGCCGUCCCGCCUCCCAGCCUGCGCACGGUCGCGGGGCGGGGCCGACGGAAGCCGGGCAGGGCGCUGCGGCGCGAGGCGACUCCGGCGGUGCGUGUGUCGCCGCGCAGUCAUGGCGGCGGAGCCCGAGGGCUUAAAGGGGGGCGGCGGCAGCGUGAGGAACCGCGGAGGCGUUCAGCGCGUCGAGGGGAAGCUCCGCGCCAGCGUCGAGAAGGGGGACUAUUACGAGGCGCACCAAAUGUACCGGACGCUUUUCUUCAGGUACAUGUCCCAAGGGAAACACGUGGAAGCAAGAGAAUUAAUGUAUUCAGGGGCCCUGCUGUUCUUCAGUCACAAUCAGCAAAAUAGCGCCGCUGAUCUGUCCAUGCUGGUUUUAGAGUCGCUGGAGAAAUCGGAUGCUAAAGUGACCGAUGAGGUCUUAGAAAACCUGGCGAAAGUGUUCAGCUUGAUGGAUCCGAAUUCCCCCGAAAGAGUAGCUUUUGUAUCCAGGGCCUUGAAGUGGUCCAGUGGAGGCUCCGGGAAACUUGGGCAUCCAAAAUUACACCAGUUACUUGCCAUCACGUUGUGGAAAGAGCAAAACUACUGUGAAUCUCGGUAUCACUUCUUGCACUCCACGGACGGCGAAGGAUGCGCGAACAUGUUGGUGGAAUAUUCCUCUUCCCGGGGGUACCGCAGCGAGGCAGACAUGUUUGUCGCACAAGCGGUCUUACAAUUCCUCUGUUUGAAAAACAAAACCAGCGCACUAGUGGUUUUUACGACCUACACCCAGAAGCAUCCUUCCAUAGAACGGGGCCCUCCUUUCGUCCAGCCCUUGCUGAACUUCAUCUGGUUUCUGCUCUUGGCAGUGGACGGAGGGAAGCUCACGGUGUUUACAGUAUUGUGUGAACAGUAUCAGCCUUCACUGAAGAGGGAUCCCAUGUAUAACGAAUAUCUAGACCGAAUAGGACAACUUUUCUUUGGUGUACCCCCCAAACAGACGUCAUCCUACGGAGGAUUGCUAGGCAAUCUUUUGAACAGCCUGAUGGUAGCCGGAGAGGAGGAAGACGGGGACGACGGGCAGGAAGACAGCAGCCCCAUCGAGCUCGAUUGAUGACGUCCGGCCCUGCCAGGAAUCUUGACAGCGUGUCGGCCCGCUUGGAAAAUACACUUUGAGGGCAGAUCCCAAGAUCGUUUCUCGACAGGUCCAGGGGCUCCUCCGUUCUGUUAUUUUUUUUUCCUUUUCUUUUCAAAGAAAGUUGCUCAGAUGUUCAUAAUGUUUUGGUCUAUAUUAUUUAUGUAAAAACGGCAGCGAGGUAGCCCGGCGCGAUCCUUUACGGACCUCUGACGCGCUGGCCGGUCAUUGACUGCGAUGUAGCCACCUCCCGUGAUAUCCGUAAGCAGUAUUCGAUAUUCUCUCUUUCACCAUCGCACUAAUUAAAAACUGGACGUGGAACGUGGGGCCAUUCACACCCACACACACGUAUUGGAAAGUUUUUGUUUCACUUACCAAAUUAAGCGCUCGUACUGCACAAAACAGCCUCUUGAAAGACAGGGUUUGGCCUGCGAGGGAGGCGGCCCGAAAGCUUUUUGGGGUGAGCUGGACAAGAGCCUGCCUCUUGUAAACAGGGAACCCCAAAGAACAAAUCCCCUUCUAUUGUAGGGAGAUGUGUGGUGAGACCCUGUAAGAUUUUAAGUGGUCCGUGAGCUACCAAUCAAUUCUUGCACCUCAGAGUCUCUUUCUGCACAGUAAAAAUCUCGGAGCAGAAUGUCUCUUCCUGUAAUGUGCUGCUGUUUUUUGUGUCCAGAAGCUAAAACACCUCUCGUUCCCCCGAGUUGGCGGUUUUAGUUUCUCCUGCGGUUUGCCGAUCCUGCCCCCGGCGCCCAGCCAAAACACUACGUUUCAGCCGGAGACCCAGCACGCAGAGAUCGGGAACCAGCCGCUCCUCAAGCGAAGGCAUCGCUGCGAAUCUCUGGUUUCCGUCUUGUGGGAUAUUUAUUUUUUAUUAGAUGAUUUAUCAGUCCGUUUUAACACUUCGUGUAAAGACAAAAAAAUACGACAAGAACAAACUUAGAAGUAACCACAAAUCACACACGCUGGCCUCCGUGCAAACCUCCGUCUUGUCUCGUUCGGCACGCAACGCCGGGUGUUAGAGGCACUGUUGAAAAAUGAAAUGGGCGGGGCGGGGCGGGGCACUAUUUUUUCCACAUUUAAGACAAAAGGCUUAGAUGAACAACAGCAAUCAUGCAUGAGGGGAAUGAAUGCAUUUUUAUUUCCUGUAAAAACCAAGCAAACAAAAAAGGAUGGAUUUGUGUUCAUUGUUGAGUAUUAAAUAAAUACUUUAUACUGGGA